AGUGGGUAUGUUGGUGGGGGGCGGCCAAACUUCCUGUCCCGCUCUGGAGCUGCUUCCGGCGGGAGCCGGAAGACGCCGAGUGUGGACGGAAUUCGGGACUGACUGACGGACGGCGGCCAGCUGCCCUAGACUGGAAGGUUAAAUUGAUUACCAACCUAGUUCAGCGUCUUACAGGAAGUGUUCUGUUUUUUAAAGGGAUGUGAAUGUAACAGGAAGGUGUCAUUGGCUGAAUUAGAUGUGACCCUGUCCCCCCGAACAGCUACAGGAUUUCAGAAGCUGAAUCAAUGUUAUCAGAUGAGUUAGAAUCCAAACCAGAGCUCCUGGUUCAGUUUGUUCAGAAUACCUCCAUCCCCCUGGGACAAGGGCUAGUAGAAUCAGAAGCUAAAGACAUUACUUGCUUAUCCCUCCUUCCAGUGACCGAGGCCUCAGAAUGCAGUCGACUAAUGUUACCAGAUGAAACUGCAAAUCAUGCUAAUUCCUCCAAGGAGGUCCCUUCUUCAGCUGUUUUGAGGAGCCUUCAGGUGAAUGUGGGCCCAGACGGAGAAGAGACAAGGGCUCAGACUGUACAGAAGUCCCCAGAGUUCCUGUCCACACCAGAGUCGCCUAGUUUGUUGCAAGAUCUACAGCCAAGUGAUAGCACUUCGUUCAUCCUUCUGAACCUAACAAGAGCAGGUCUGGGCUCUUCAGCUGAGCACUUUGUGUUUGUACAGGAUGAGGCCGAGGACUCGGGGGCUGACUUCCUCUCUGCUGAGAGCACAGACAGUAAUAUCCCAUGGUUCCUCCGGGUUCAGGAACUGGCCCACGACAGUUUGAUCGCAGCUACUCGUGCACAGCUAGCAAAGAAUGCAAAAACUGGCAGCAAUGGAGAAAAUGUCCACCUUGGUUCUGGCGAUGGGCAACUCAAAGACUCUGGGCCCCUUCCUCAAGUGGAAAAGAAGCUCAAGUGCACGGUUGAAGGCUGUGAUCGGACAUUUGUGUGGCCAGCUCACUUCAAGUACCACCUUAAAACUCAUCGAAAUGAGCGCUCCUUCAUCUGCCCUGCAGAGGGUUGUGGGAAGAGCUUCUAUGUGCUGCAGCGGCUGAAGGUGCACAUGAGGACACACAACGGGGAGAAACCCUUUAUGUGCCAUGAGUCUGGGUGUGGUAAGCAGUUCACUACGGCUGGAAACCUGAAGAACCACCGACGCAUCCACACAGGAGAGAAGCCUUUCCUUUGUGAAGCCCAGGGAUGUGGCCGCUCCUUUGCUGAGUAUUCAAGCCUUCGAAAACAUCUGGUGGUUCACUCAGGAGAGAAACCUCAUCAGUGCCAAGUCUGUGGGAAGACCUUCUCUCAGAGUGGAAGUAGAAACGUGCACAUGAGAAAGCACCACUUGCAGCUGGGGACAACUGGGAGUCAAGAACAGGAUCAGACUGCUGAGCCACUAAUGGGCAGUAGUUUGCUUGAAGAAGCUUCAGUUCCCAAUAAAACCCUGGUGUCUAUGAAUCCCCAGUCCAGCCUUGGUGGAGAGACCUUGAAUCUACCAAAUACCAAUUCUAUCCUUGGAGUUGAUGAUGAGGUGCUUACUGAAAGAUCCUCACGGCCCCUGUCUUCAGUGCCUGAUGUGACACAUCACUUGGUGACCAUGCAGUCAGGAAGGCAGUCCUAUGAAGUUUCUGUCUUAACUGCAGUAAAUCCGCAGGAGGUAAAGCUGUUUCCUGCCCUUACUCUGUCUCUGUGCUUAGUUCAGCAUCUUCUGGAGGCUGAAUGUCACCCUGUGAGCUGGGUACACAGAACAAAAUACUCACAUACACUCCACACACCAAUAUACAUAAAUACAUUAAAUACUAUGGUUAGAUGGAGUGAUGGCUCAGCGGAUCAAGCUCUCGCCAGGCAAACCUGAAAUCAUUAUUCAGAUCCCACACACCAAUGGAAAUACUGGAUAGCUGUGUCAGGCUCGUGUCUGUCCAGCUUUCACUGUGCACACUGGCCUCCAUACAGAUAUGUGGAUACAUGUUCCUGUACACACACACAACAUCUUUUUUAAUGUUUCACUGUUUUCGGUUUAUUUUUUCACCCACUGUUUGUGCCAGAAUACUUUAAAGCAUUAUAGACCUAUCUGUAAUUUUUUAGGGUAUACUUCUGGAAAGAUAAGAAUGUAAGAAAUAACCAUGUUUCCAUACUCAGCAAAUUUAGUAGUAAAUUUUUAUCCUCCAAAAUUUAGUUUCUGUCUUUUAUCUCCUCAAAAAUGUCUUUGGUUGUCUAACUUGAAUCAGAAUUGAAACAAGGCCCACGCAUUGCAUUUGGUUAGUACACUGAUGUGUUCCUUUGCUGCUGUGGUUUAAACACCAUGGCCAAAAGCAUUUGAGGAGGAAACGGUUUAUUAUAACUGAUAGGUCCAUGAUAGAGGAAAGCCAGAGCAGGAACCUAGACUCUGGAACCGAAGCGCUGAGAGAGCAUGGAGGAAUGUUGCUUACUGGCAUGCUCUGCCUGUUUUCUGGUGGGCUGGAGAGAUGCUCAUUUGGUCGAUCGCUGCCCAUAAGCAUGGGAAGCUCAGCUGGUUCACCCCUGUAAAACAGCAGGCACGGCUCACUCGUGGUCUAUAAUCCCAGCACUGGGGAGUUUAAAAGAGUGCUGUGCUUGACAGCAUGUGCAUUGUAGGUCUGCGCUGGGGAAGUAGAGAGAGGAGUAGUAAGUGAUAGACACUGGCCAACUAACCAGCAAAAUCUGAGUUUCAGACCACCGAGAGCUCUUGUUUCAAAAACAUCUGGAUCUCCUUCAUACACAUAUACAAGACGGAAACAGAUUUCAUCAGUUAUUACUCAGAACCUCUGAACAGCAGAGUGAAGUAUCAGGGUUUGCUGCCGCCCCCAGGAGUCCUUCAGACUUGACCCUGGAGCACUCAGGAGUAGGUUCCCGCUUCAGGACUUGUAACAGACGCAGCUCCUUUUCCUGCUGUCUGUACUUUGGACUAACCGUGUAACGGUUUAGUUCAACACUGUUGGUGCCUUCUGUUGGUUCUUCUGUCACUGACUGGCGGGUACGAGCACAGUCACUGAGCAUAUAAAUUCAGGUUAUUUUAUUGCCAUAUUAAUGUGGUGGUGCACGCCAUUAAUCCCAACACUCAGGAAGCAGAGGCAGAGGGAUCACUUGAGUUCAAGACCAGCCUGGUCUUCAUAGUGAGUUCCAGGACACAGAGACCCUAUCUCAUAAAACAACAAUAAUAAAAGCAAGCUUUGGGGGCUGGGAAGAUGGCUCAGUGGUUAAGGUAAGAGCACUGGCUGCUCUUCCAGAGGACAUAAGUUUAAUUCCCAGCACCCAUGUUGCUUCUGUAAUUCAUCUGUAACCUAGUGUCUAUUCAUUUUCAAUUUUAUAGUUACUAAACCAAGGAGAUUUAACUGACAGACAGACAUGAGUUUGCUGACUCCUGGAGGAGCUGUUCUGUCUGAUCCCAGAGUGCAUGAUGGGAACAGAUCCAAAAGGCUCAAUUAUCUGCCAGAACCAAAAUGAGUCUGCAGGACCAAGACCUCGCCUUGCCUCUGUUCAUCUUUCCUGGCAGAGAAGAGGGAUGUCUGAGGGCUUCUCUUCACCCUCCAGCGGAUGCAGUCCAAGAGUGAAGCCAUGACUGUGGGCUGGACACCUGUAGCUGCCUCUCAGUGCAACGUUUGAGGGUAGACUUCCCAAGAGCGAGUUUAAUUAUGUGUUGGCUGAAGAUUUUCAUUGUGACUGUCGAGGUUUUCCUUUGAAGAGUUUUCAUCCUAGACCCAGCUAUCUUUUCAUAUGGUUGAAUUAUGUCCUGCUUCCAACCACAGAACUUUACCAGAACACUGAGUUUUCAAGAUGCCUUGUUGCUUUGAAGAAGGGAGGGAUGCCAGUUACAUUGUGGCAAUGUGUUCUCCCUUUAGCAACCUGAGUAAAAGACUCAGCCGUUGGGCUGUAAAAAUUAAAUUACUUGAAUCUCCCCUUGGCCCAGGCUGAGGUACCAACAUACCCCGUACACUUUGACUUGGUCAUUUUUUGUUUUGUUUAUGGGACUUAAACUAGCAUGUUAUCAGGGGGUUUUGGUUUUGUUUUUUUGGUUUUUUUUUGUUGUUGUUGUUUUUGUUUUUUUUUUUUUAAGUUAAAAACCACAUGAUUUAGAGGGGCUUUUUUUCCUUUUAAAUAAACAAAACAACCCAGUCA